AUGGUUUGGGGUGGUACAUUGGUUACCGAGCAGGCGAUGGAUUGGGAUGUGAGUGUCACACAUUCAGCAACAAGUAUGAACUAUGGAAUUCUGCUUCAGGGAUUCGGGGGCAUCUUUGCUGUUCCGUUGAUCGAAGCAUAUGGUCGCUUGCCAAUCUGGCUGUGGCCCCAAGUGAUCACCAUGCUCAUGGUUCUUGGGGCGACUCUUUCCAAUGACUGGUCCACUUUCACCACUUUUCGCUCUUUGCAGGGCCUGUUUGGGACUGUGCCUCAGGUCAUUGGACUUCCGAUCAUCCAUGAUAUGUAUAGUGAGGAAGAAUGGCCCCGGAUGAUCAACAUCUGGGGAACAACCUUCCUCGUUGGACCAUUCCUUGGUCCUGCGAUUGCUGGAUACAUUGGCGCUGGCACGGAUUGGCGCACUUCCUUCGGAGUCUUGACAGCCAUAUACGGCAUAUCCACAAUGAUGGUGAUUCUGUUUGGCUAUGAGACUAACCAUUUCCCAGAGGGCAAGGCACGCUCGUCACGCCUCGCCUCAUACUUUGGAAUCGGUAAUACCGGACUCCCCAAGGGAACAACAUUGCUCUACUGGAGCCGGAAAGUCGUGGUAUAUGUGUUCAAGUUUCCUCUGUUGAUGACCGGAAUCACAACCACGAUCGACAAUUUCUUACAUAGUCCCCCGUACCUCUUCAAUACAAUUGAAGCAUCAUCAAUGCGAUUCGCGGGUGUGAUCGGGGCUUUGUGUGGUUGGGCCUUCGGGCAUUUAUUCAACGACUGGAUCUUCAAGCGCCACAUCACAGUCUGGCGAACUGAGCUCCGGCUUCAUGGAGUGUGGUUCCCUAUCGGUAGCAUGGCCUGUGGCCUGCUCACGUACGGGCUCACAAUGCACUUUGGCAAACACUGGAUUGGCCUUGCCUUUGGGUGGAUUCUGGUGAAUAUCGGCAUGGUCGCGACGAUUGUGUAA